AUGGAAUAUAUAGAUACGAGAGAUUUGUCUAGUUUGGACGCUUCGUCCAUUCACAGGCUGAACGUGGCCUCGCGCCUGACUGACCUACCGAUGAACAAUGACAGUAAUAUUUCCCCUAACGCGCUGGGAAUGUCGGUAAAAAUGGACCUGGAGAAGCGAAGAUCGACCCAAACGCAAGCGGAGAGGCAGACCAUGUACGCAGGACACUUCAACAGAACAAAACUCCACGGAAUGUCAGAUGAAAUCUCGGAAGCGGCCAAUAUAAUGAAGAAACUAAACAACAGCUCUAGUUCCCUGUUGUUUAGAGAGGCCCUUGCGACCAGGAUGCGUCUUCGCACAAUGGCGCUGAGGAAUUUCUCGAAACACAACUACAGUGAUGCGCUGCUUGAAGCACACUAUUCUCUGCUCUUGGCGAAGAAGUUUCACCUGCAAACGAGGAACACGCCGCUUUGUGGCGAAAUGGCAAUGGAGUUGUUGAUUCUGAGCAAGUGUUACUCGCAUAUAGGCCACUUUAACAAGGGCAGAGACCACCUGGCGGAGUUCAAGUUCCUAGUCGAAAACACGCUUUUGGGGUACACGGGCGGUGAACAGUCGCUUUCGGCAGAUGCUAAAUAUGCAAUAAUAGACUGCGACAAGAAGCUGUUUUUGAACAUAGUAUACCUCCUAGCAGAAAUAUUGACUGGCUACGGAAUGUGGGAGGACGCAGAGGUCUUCUUUUCGAAAUACUUAACGCUGUACACGCAGAUAUACGGAGAAACUGACGUGGGUCUGAGCAAUGCGCUGAACAGCGUCUGCAUAUAUAUGCUAAAGAGUAAGCAGUAUUUGAAGGCGCUCCCGCUUUGUAUAAAGUCUCUGAACAUACUGAAGACGCACUACGGAGACUAUGAGUCGGAUGCACCUAACAUGAGAGUGGCGGACGCUUAUAAUAACUUGGGAAUAGUGUACAGGCUUAUGGAAAACCCAGUGGAUGCACUCCAGCAAUUUUUUAAGGCGAUCGACAUGAAGAUGAGAAUCUUGGACGAUAGAAACCACCCAGCAAUACAGGACAUAUUCCUGUCAAUAGGGUGUUGUCUUCACGUCCUCGGCCACUUUACAACGGCCGCAGCAAUAUACAGAGAAGUGUAUGUGACCAGGUCGGAUAACUUGGGAAACAACCAUUCCUCAACAAUAGCAGUGAAGCAGCUGCUUAAGGAUCUAGAACGUGACAUAUUAAUUAAGUCUGAGGCAAAUAAAGCUGAAGAGGAACAGGUAGAAAAAAAGAAUAAACUUGAUAAGGAAUCGGAAGUUAAGCAGACAACACCAUUGAGGACUACACCAGCGCCAUACGUUGACGUUUCGAGGAUAACAGCGCUGUAUUCAACAAAGUUGGAAAACGUAAAGACGAAGCAGGCGAAGAUAGACAUUUGUGACGAGGUGCUUUAUCCAACAGACAGGUUGGUAGACUUGUCGAAAAAGCUUAGCUUGGAAAUACAAAACUUGCCAGUUAUAAACGUGCCACUUCUGUCGAGAGGGACGCUGUACAUGAAAGAUGGGCUCCCAGCAAUGUCUCUUAACCCGGAAGCUGAAGAUAUGCUGAGGAGGUGGGGAUUCAAUCCGCCAAACGUGGACUUCUACGGAGAGUUCGACAAGUCCUUUACGACGGAAGACGGAAUCGCGCUUUACAUACCUAUAGUAGACGAGAGGAAGAACCUGCUGAUGGGAUACCACGAUAAGCCUCUGUACGUGCCGAACCCGGCAGUGUAUCACACAGCGAAGCAGCAAUCGAGAAUAAAGAGCAGCCUGAUCCUGAAAAUAGGAAAAUUCUCAACUAAACAAGUAGAAGGAGAGAGUUCCCAAGAUUCAGUUAAGAGCAGAGUCGUGGAGUUUGAGAGAAUGAAGAGUGGAGCUGUAGUGGAUAAGCCGAAGGUGAUUGAAGAGCCAAUAGAAACGGUGGCAAUGACAGAGUUGCUGAAGAAUAGAGUUAAGAAUCCGCAAAACAGUAAGUUCCUGGCAAAGAUAGGAGCGUUGCAAAACAUAAAUGUAAAGAAAAUAUCUCCGCAAUUUAACAACGCAAUGCUGAAGAAGUCGACCACAGCAAUUAAGAUGGCGAAGCAAAUAACGAAGAGAGUGGCGUUCAAGGAAUUGCACCCAGCACCAAAACACAAGGCAAUGAUGGCAACAAGAUCAGACAUAGAUGAUAAUGAGAAUGUGAUUGACGUUGAUGUUAUAGGACAAACAAACAUAACGGAUUUCAACAUGGAAUAUUUUAGCGCAAACGCCUUUGAAAACAUUAAGCAUGGUAAAAAGCACGCCGAUUACGACUCGACUCUAAUUAACAUCAAUUCACCGUUCUUGUCUGACAACAACGAUGUCAAUAAGCUUCAAAUGGUCGCAGAUAGGCAAAGAUUUGAAAUUGAUCUUAAGGAGAGAAUGAACGGACUUUCAAAUAUAUCUGAAAGGGAAAGUGACGACAACGAGACUGUCAUGUCGAAUCAGACGCCAGUGUCAUGCUCGGAUACGCCAAUGAGUUCGGAUUUUGAAUCAUUCAACGACUAUGCUCUAACGAACAUGGUCUUUACAGCUCCAAUCACAGGAGCUUCAAUGGAAGUGGACGGACCUCUACCUCAACUUAAAAUGACAAGGCUUGCGUCAAAGCCAGUUGUUGAGCAAAAGUUGCCCAUAAUAAUAAGAAACCAGAACGAUGUGCUGCCAGUGGAAGUUGCAAGAAGAGUUAAGAUGAUAAGAACAACUGUAGAUACGAUGCUGUCUAAUUUAACUGAUGAAAUAGGCGAAGAAUCAAAAAAUAAGGAUGGUAACGAGUCAGCAAAUAAUAAAGAAGUGAAUGUAACUGAAAAUGUUGCUUCCACAGAUGAUAAUAAAGCAGCUCUUAUGAAUAGUUUGACAACAAAAACGCCAGGCGCCAAGCUAGUCCCUCCACCUAAGAUAACGACAAAGUUGCCAGGUUUAACAAAAGCACCAGCACCAAAAGUUCCAAUGACUUCUGGGCAAACGGAUGCAACAAGUGGUCCUUCCACAACUGGUGCCAGUGACUCUGCCACUGAAAAGGAUGGUGAAGGCAAGCAGGUACAUAAUAAAAACAUGUGCGUGUUGCUGGAUUCUGAGGGAAAUGAACUGGCAUAUGUGCCAUGGACGAUAGAUUUGGUGUCAUUAUCCCUGGCAAGAUCGUGCCUGCAAGAAGACUUCCUGAACAGAUACGCGUUCCUGGCAAAGGUGAACAAGGAGUUUCUGAGAAAGAAGCAGUUCACGUUUGGAGUUGAAACUGACGAAGAAAGGAAGAAAAAUGAGCUCCUGCUGUGUAGAAUGCUGUUGGCAGGCCAAGGGCUCGAGGAGUUGGGAUUCGCGAAGAUAGCAACCUCGAUCCAGGCAAUAUCGAAGGACCUGACGGGAGGACUAACGUUUAAGGUGCCAAACUCAGUGUUGGAGAACAUGAAGCAGCAACAGCAGCUGUUAGAAAAACAGCAGAAGGAAUUGGAUGAGAAGAAGAAGAAGGAAGACCUCUCUAAGAAAGAAGUGGCAGCGAAGAAGAUGCCGCCGCCUCCAGGCGCUAAGAAGGCACCUCCGCCACCAGGAGGGAAGAAGGCGCCACCACCGCUGAAGACGAAGGGGCCUCCAGGAGUGCCAGGAAAGAAGGGAAUACCGAAGGGAGGCAAGAAGGCGCCUGUGAAGGCGGUCGAGUCGAAUGUGAGGAGGUUCUUUUGGGACCCGAUCUUCGGAGACGACGCCAAGGACACAAUGUUCACGAAGCAGAUUGUCGCGCCGAAGGUGGAGAGCGCAGACAUAGAGGAGUCGUUUGCAAAGGCGGCGCCGAAGCAGAAGGAGAAGGCGCAGGAAUCUAAGCCAAAGUUUAUUCAACUCUUGCCGGAUUCAAAGAGAAGCUACAACAUGAACAUCGGUCUGAGCAAAUUCAGCAAACACACAUUCAACGAGAUCAGAGAAGCGAUAGUGCACCUGGACCCAAAUAUAUUGACCACGGAGGCAACGGAGAGUUUAUUGUUGCUGUUGCCUAACAACGAAGAGUUGUCGAUAGUAUCGGAAUUUGUUAAAUCGGGCGGUGAUUUGUCGGCAGUGGAUAAGCCUGAGCAGUUUGUAGCGUCGAUGGUUGGAAUACCGAUCAUGAAGCAGCGACUUGAGUGCCACCAGACAGCUUUGACAUUUAAAGACAACUACAAUGAGAUAUACGGCCCGCUCGAAACAAUAUUGGACUCGUGCGAAGCAGUGAUGAGUUCAAUUAAGUUGAACAUACUCUCCAACUUCAUAUUAUCAGUGGGAAACACGCUCAACGAGGGGGAUCCUAAGAAGGGUAACGCUGAGGGAUUUAAGCCCACAACAUAUCCAAAGUUGAACGACUUUAGAACGACAACGAAGCCGUCGAAGACACUAUUGCAAUACAUAUGCGAUAUGGUUGGAGAUGAAGAUGAAACGGUAUUGGACCUGUUGAAUGACUUGAGGAGCUUGGACGCAGCGUCUAAGGUAGAUGUCGUGGCACUGGACGAGAAGAUGAAUCGGUUCAAGAACGACCUGACGAAAAUUAAAAACGCAAUUAACCUGGCGCAAAACGCAAAGAGCGACUACAAGGACCAUUUCCCAUCGAUCAUGAAUGAGUUCUUGAGAGACGCGGAGCCUAAAGUGAACUCUCUGGCAAAGCACUACCAAGACGUCAUGGCCACGUUUAAAGAAACCGUUAGGUUCAGCGGAUACACUGAAAAGGAGGUGGACAAAAUUAGGCCAAAUGAACUGUUUAAGUACAUAUGGUCGUUUGCCCAGUCAGUGGAGCAAUGCAGAAAGCAAAGAGAAGAUGCAAGGAAGAAGAUGGAGAAGAAGGCACUAUCUCAAUCGAAGGCGGAAGAGAAGAAGCAGGCGAAGCAGCAGCCGAAAAACACAAAGUUGACAUCAGUGCCAAAGUUACUGAACAAUGACAUGGUCAACAUUGUUAAAUCACUGUAA